CGCUGUCGCCCUCUUGUAUUAUUGUUUGGCGACGGUCGCCAUGGAGACCGGAAGCAAAUAAUCUGCGCGAAGCAGCUGAGUCCUCCAUUUUGUAGGCUUCAUUUGGACAGAAGCAGACGUGAUUUCUGUGGGUUCCAGUCUUUCAGUACCGAUUUUGACAUCAUCUGUGGUCGUCAAGCAGUGGGAAUAACACGAUUUUUGUUGAAGAAUGCCUGGAAGUUCGGUAGGAUCGGCCUCGUCGCUGGGGAGUGCGGGUUCCAGACGGGCGGCGAGCAGGCGCUACAGGACCGUCAACCCGGGAGGCUCCACCGUGGACGAAACACUCUUCGGCUCCAACAAGAAACACAGCAGGCUAAUGGCAGAGGCGGUAGAUCACCGUUUGAGGAAGAGCUGCAAACUGAUCGAAGGUUUGUUUGUUGUUGACAGGCUGUCCUCUGGUAAUAACAAGAGUAAGAAGGCAGGAAGGGAGACCAUUCAGGUCAUCACUAAGGACCUCAUCAGGAACCUGAUAGUCCCCAUGGAAGACCCUUCUGGACAGUCCAUUAUACUGCACCAGGGAGAGUUUGAGCGGAUCAGGUCUGCUGCCCGUGUCUUGACUAAGGAAGAACGUGAGAGGUUGGAGGAGAUGAGAAAGAAGGAGAAGGAGGAGGCCAUCGAUGCCUGCGCUCAACGGAAGACGUUCAUGAAAGUCAAGGACCUUGACCGCAAACAGAAUGAGAAGCUUAAUGACCUGGAGGAGGAGGCCCAGGAACAGGCACAGUACUUGUUAGAGAAGGCCAAGAAACAGCAGGAGGAACAAGAAGACGAGAUAAAGGCACUGAACGAGUUGAUCCUCAAUGCCAAGUGUCAUGCCAUCCGUGACGCCCAGAUCCUGGAGAAAGGGGUGAUCCAGAAGGAGUUGACGGAGGAGGAGAAGAGGCUGGACCUGAUGAUGGAGGUGGAUCGGGUCAAUGACCUGAAGCUGCAGGAGGAGAUCACAGCACGCCGUAAGCAGGAGCGGCUGAUCGGCAAGCAGCAGAUCCUGGACCAGAUCCAGCAGAACGAGGAGGACAGGCUGCUGGACCAGGAGAAGAAGGACCAGGAGGCUCGACAGAUGCUGCAGUACCUGGAGAAGCUUCAGAUGGAGGAUCUGAAGGAGCUGGAGCGAAAACGGCUGCAGCAGCUGGAUAUCCAAGUCGAGAUCCAACGAGCCAAUCAGGAAGCUGACGAGAUGAGAGCCAAAAAAUCGGAGCAGGAGAGACUCGCUGAUCAGAAGGUCAUCGAGUACCAGAAACAAAGAGCUCAGAGGGAGGCAGAGUACGAGGCAGAGCAGGAGCGCAUUAAAAAGGAGAAGGAGAAGGAGGUUGCACGUCUGCGAGCCUUGCAGGAACGUGCUAAAGAUCUCCAGGCAGAGAAGGAUGCGCUUCGAGCGAAACGCAACCAGGAGCAGGCCGAGCGUGAGUGGCGUAAGAAGGAGAGAGAGGAGGCACUUUUGAAGGCCGAGAUGGAAGAAAUGUUGAAGAAGGCUCGAGAAGACCAGGUCAUGAGUAAAGAACACUUCCUGGCUGUCCAGGCACAGCGAGAGAGGUCAGAGUUCGAACGUGUGCUGCGGGAACAGAAGCGCCUGAUUGAGAAGGAGAAAGAAGAUGAGCUCAGGCAACACGAGAUGCGGCUAAAUCACGCUGAUGCAGUCCGCAAGCAGAUCCGAGAGAAGGAGCAGGUACGCAUCAAUGACCGCAAUGCUUUCUUUGAGGAGGGUGUGAAACUAGACGAGGAGGCCAGGCAACGCAGGGCAAAGUUAGACGACAUCAAGAAGAAGAAGCUGAAUGAACUGAAAAAUGCCGGCGUUCCCGAAAAGUACUGCGCGGAGGUUGAGCGGAAAAUCAACCAACCAGCAGGACUUGAGAAGUUCAUUCUUUAGGUUUGAAAUGUUACAUUGUACAGUUUAGCGUUGGGAAACAGUCCAUGUUAAUUCCUGAGAAUGGUGCAAAGAUGCUGAAAACUCUUCCACCAUUGUACAUUGUAUCACCAUUGUAAUGUGUAUAUUUGCUUUGUAAGGUAUCAUAUCAUAGCAAAAUGAUUUUCAAGAAACUCUGUAGGAAACUGAAGGAAAUCUUAUGGAAAAAUAGUCAAUUUUGUUUCCUUUGAAGAAGAUCAGAGAAUUCUGCCAAAUAUCACACCCAUCAUUACAACAGUUGUUGAUGUAUAUAUGUAAUAUUCAUAGAAAUUACAGUUUUUCUACGUAGAAGUAUUUUUGUUGAGUUCACAUGUGAUGGCAAGACAUACAUGCACAGAAAUGAUACAACUAUCACUUCAUACUGGUCUUAAAUAAUAAUGCUACC